AUGUUUUUCGUCACUGGAGUCUAUCAUGGAUACACCCCCGUCCUGCAGACUGGUGUGUUUUUACGUUCUAUCACGAGAUAUACUCCAGCCCUGAGAUUCAGGGUAACAAAGUACACAGUAGUUCCUGAAGAUGAAGAAACAGGGCUGGCCUAUACCUAUUCCCCUUCUGGAAACGAGCUUGAUUCCACUGUCGUUAGCAACGGCCUUGCACAAGUGACUUCUAACUUCAAUGGCAUUAUCCAGGUUGCCAAGAACCCAGGUGGAGGGGCUGAAGCACUGUACGAUGUUUGCUGCGAGCUCUAUCCAAUCACUAUGACAUUAUCUGGCAGUGUCGACGGAGUUGUAGCCCCAUCACGUUCAAUCGCCUUCCCCGACCACCAGCUCGGCUCUCACCGGUAUACGGCUCAAUACCACGACGAAGGACAUGGCAACUGCUGUAAUUGCUAAUUCAUGAACACCAACAGAGAAACUCCCGACCA